CCCCCAGGUGUCUAGGGGGAGUGGAGAGUGCGUGUGUUCGGGGGAAGGGGGUGGUAUUUAAAGGGAAAAGCUGACAGAGCUGCUGAGUGAGAGAAAGAUUUCAGAGAGCCAAUACUGCUGCAUACGCACAGAGAUGCACGCGGACACGGACACAGAUAUGGACACGGAUACGGACACAACAGCCCUCUGUCCAUCAGGCGGUGGGGCUUCCUCCCCAGUGAUACCAACACCAGAUGCCACAGUGCAGAACAAGCGAGACAAGCUACUGGCAGGCUUGGAAUGGGCUGGGCUCUCCCCCGCUGGGGGAGCUCCUCGACGGAGAGGCAGCAUGCCUGUGCCCUACAAACACCAGCUGAGGCGGGCCCAGGCAGUGGACGAGUUGGACUGGCCACCCCAAGCCUUAUCCUCUGGUUCCUCUGACUCUCUGGGGUCAGGGGAGGCAACACCAGCUGGGAGAGGUGGUGUCUUCAAGGUGAUGCUUCUGGGUGAGAGCGGCGUGGGCAAAAGUGCCCUGGCAGGCACUUUUGGAGGACUCCAAGACGACAAUGCCCAUGAAACUGAGAACACAGAGGACACCUAUGAAAGACACAUCAUAGUGGAUAAAGAAGAAGUGACAUUGGUGGUGUAUGACAUCUGGGAGCAGGGAGAGGCAGGUAGCUGGCUCAGGGAACACUGCCUUCAGACUGGGGAUGCCUUCCUCAUUGUCUUCUCUGUCACUGACCGGAGAAGUUUCUCCAAAGUGCCUGAGACAUUGCUUAGGCUUCGGGCUGGUCGUCCCCACCACGAUCUACCCAUCAUCCUAGUGGGCAACAAGAGUGACCUUGCUCGUUCCAGGGAAGUCUCACUAGAAGAGGGCCGCCACCUGGCGGGGAUGCUUAGCUGCAAGCACAUCGAGACGUCGGCCGCGCUGCACCACAACACGCGGGAGCUGUUCGAGGGUGCCGUGCGCCAGAUCCGCCUGCGCCGGAGCCGGGCCCGAGCGGCGGCCGCGGCCGAGGGCAAGCCCGAGGGCCCCGACGGCGCCGCUCAGCUGCAGCCGCCGCCCCCGCCGCCGCCGCCCGCGCGCCGCGAGAGCCUCACCAAGAAGGCCAAGCGCUUCCUGGCCAACCUGGUGCCCCGCCACGCCAAGUUCUUCAAGCAGCGCUCCAAGUCGUGCCACGACCUCUCCGUGCUCUGAGGGAGAUCCCGGCCCGGCCCGUCGCCAUGGUCACCGCGGUUGCCAUGGUCACCUUCCCUCCCUGCGCCCCUCCCGUCGGUUUCCGUUGAGGAAACCCAUCUAGGAAACCAAAAACUCCCAGGAUUCCCCGGGUCUGACCGAGGCCGGGGUACCUGGAGAGGUGGCCCUAGCCCCGCGGCGGGGGGUGACGACUACGGACAUCUCUGUCCUGGGCGCCUGUCCCUUUAAGGGCACUUUAAAGGCGAGGACAUUGAUACGUGGGUCAGGGGAGGGAAGGAGAACGAUUUGUUUGCAAUUAUAAUUCCUGUUAUUGUUAUGAUUAAUAUUUGGGGCCGUGCUUGACCACGUUCUCCUUUAGAAGGCUCCUGGAAGCGAGGCUUGGGAAUGCUCUGUUGAGACUCAUUGCAGGAUUUGCCGCUUUUGUCCUCGCUACGACCAAGUCUUCGAGAGAUUCUUAAAGGCAAAGUCCUGAAGAUUCUUCUUGAGACUUUUUAACUUUACGUUUCAGCCUCCCCCUACCCCCUUCAGUUGCACUUGGUCCGCCUCUCGUUUAAGAGGUUCUUAAAGGCAAAGACCUGGACGUGCUAUUUUGCGACUUCCUUGCAGGAUUUUCUGAUUUGCCUGCUGCACCUGGGCACCUACCCUUUAAGAUUCUUAAAGGUAAGGACUGGCCGCAUACCUGGCUGCAGGCUCCCCGUGUUUCUUAAGCCUCUGCGCCCCGGAGGCACCGGCCAGGGCGCACCGCCCCAUUUGAAAUAAAGAAGCGUUUUUCUACGA